GAAGCCAGCGGUGAUGCCUGGCAGGGCAGGCAGCCAAGGGGCAGAGCAGGAAGCCAGCGGCUUCGUUGCUCUGAGCCAGCGGCUGCGCAAGGGACGGGGGUGCCUGCGCCCUCCUACUCCCACAGCCACCCCCAGCAGGGCUCCCCAAGGCCACCUCUGCUGCUCGCCACGGUUUGGAAGCUGUGCUUUGCAGCCCAACCUGUGUGAGGCUGCCAUCCCCCACGUCACCCAUCCACGUCGCUGCCUUGGGACCAUGGAGACCGGGAGCGUCCUCCCACAGCCCAGCAGCACCAGCGGCGUCGGGAACUCCACGGAGGAUGAUGGUAGUGGUAGGAAGGGGAGCGUGGAUGGCGAUGCCGUGAGCGGGAACCCCUACGCGGGGCUGGUGAGCUGCCUGCGGGCAGCCUGGCUCUCAGGGAAGACACGGCCCAUGGAAUACCGUGUGGCCCAGCUGGAGGCACUGGGACGCUUCCUCGAUGAGAAGAAACAAGACAUCCUAGAGGCCACUGCCUUGGACUUGGGCAAGCCGCCCUUCGAAGCCGAGUUCUCCGAGGUUCUCCUCUGCAAGAAUGAGCUCCAUGAGACACUGAACAACCUGGCCCACUGGAUGAAGGAUGAGCAUGUGGAGAGGAAUCUGGUGACCCGGCUGGACUCGGCCUUCAUUCGCAAGGACCCCUACGGGGUGGUGCUCAUCAUCGCGCCCUGGAACUACCCCGUUAUCCUCCUCCUGGGGCCCCUCAUCGGGGCCAUCGCGGCUGGUAAUUGUGUCAUUGUCAAACCCUCGGAGAUGACAAAGAACACUGAGAAACUCAUGGCUGAGGCGCUGCCCAGCUAUCUGGACAAGGACUGCUUUGCCGUGGUGACUGCUGGUGUGCCAGAGACCACCAAGCUGCUGGAGAACAAAUUUGACUACAUCUUCUUCACAGGCAGCCCCUCUGUGGGGAGGAUCGUGAUGACAGCUGCCGCCAAGCACUUGACGCCUGUGACGCUGGAGCUGGGGGGCAAGAACCCCUGCUACGUGUCUGACAACUGUGACGUGCACAACGUGGCCCGUCGAGUGGCCUGGGGUCGCUUCUUCAACGCGGGGCAGACCUGUGUGGCACCUGACUACGUGCUGUGCAGCCUGGAGAUGCAGGAGAAGCUCCUGCCUGCCCUGCGUGAAGCCAUCACCGAGUUUUAUGGCCCUAACCCUCAGGAGUCACCCGACUUUGGCCGCAUGGUGGGGGACAGGCACUUCCAGCGCGUGCAGGCGCUGCUGCGCAGUGGGAAUGUGGCCAUCGGAGGACAGACAGAUGCAGAUACGCGCUACGUCGCUCCCACAGUUCUGGUGGAUGUGCAGCCCUCUGAUCCUGUCAUGCAGGAGGAGAUCUUCGGCCCCAUCCUGCCCUUUGUCACUGUGGCCAAUGUGGAGGAAGCCAUUGACUUUAUCAACAACCGCGAGCGGCCGCUGGUCACAUACGCCUUCUCCUCCAACGACAAGGUGGUGAAUCAGGUCCUGGAGCGCACAAGCAGCGGUGGCUUCUGUGGCAACGACACCCUGAUGCAUGUCAUGCUGACCUCGCUGCCCUUUGGAGGCAUCGGUCACGGACAGAAACAGCACCCUGAGGCUGCGUUCCUUGUGGUUGGUCCUGGAUAUCUACUUAGGGUUAAGAAACACAUCCAAGAGUGCUUCUCUCUCUUUCCUCGGAAAGGAGUCUACGUCAGGGAGAUACCCACUUUUGAUCAGAUGACCUUCACCUCCCCAGAAAAAAACUCCAGUUCUUUUCCUAAGAACCAGCCACUUAGCUGGCCAAGAGCCAUCAAGCGACCUUCCUCACGCUGCAGUUGCUGACACGUGAGAUAUCAACCACAACCUCGAUGGGGUUUUGCAUUUUAUUGGUUAGAUUGACUGUCUCGAGCAGAAUUUUAUUGCAUUGGUUAUUAGCACACAGCUGGGUUUCUGUAUUUUCUACCAGCCUUCCUCGCUGUCCCUGCUCGCUCCUGGCCAGCUUCCACCUCCUACGUUCAUCUCACCCAUCCCUGGGUCCCAUCCUCAGCAGAGCCACCUGGACAACCCUCUCCCUCCAUUCAUGGAGUCUCACUAGCACUGAGUCCAGUAAGGGGACGUGUUUUGGAAGGUGUCCCUGCAAUAGGGAAGCUCGGCUGGUGGCAGCAGCAGCUCCAACACCCCGUCAUUAGUGACCCCUUCCAGGCUGCUGUGCCACCAGGUGAGGUUUUGUGAUCAGAAGGGUUUUUGAAUCCAUAAAGUUUUCAGAAUUAGAGUAAAAAGAGAGGAUAAACUUGAGAAGGGGAUGGAGGAAGCACCUGAGAAAGAGGAGUUAUAGAUAUAGGAUGAGGCUUUGAGCAACCUGAUCCAGUGGGAGGUGUCCCUGCCCAUGGCAGGGGAUGGAUCUUGGCUUUAACACCCCUUCCAACCCAGACCAUUCUAUGAUAGAAACAAAAGUAGUUUUCUUUAUGGAGUGUUGUAGGUGCUUAAGUAUCCAUGGAGACAGAGACAUCCUCCAAAACAUGUCCCCUGCCAGGCCCCAUGAUCUCUGCCAAGCCACCAGGUCCCCUCCCUGCAGCAUGCCGUGAAAGGCUCCAGCCUUGCCCAGCUUCCUGGGCUCAGAGAUCCUCCAAGGUGUGGUCUCCUGUCGAGAAGAUGAUGUUUUGCCAGACUCUUAUUCCAUCAAUACUUCUCUGAGCCUGGUGAGCUUUGCAUGACGUCUAAAUGUGCCGCAUGAAAUGGUGAAACCCAUGCUGAGAGGGUCACUGGGAGCUUUUCCUCCUCCCAGACAUGAGCCUGCUGGACCAGUCUUCCUCCUCCAAAGCUCCUCAAGCCCAUUUGGGUGUUGAGCCAGGCCACCUCCAGGGUUCCCUUUAGACCUCAGCCCUACCCACCGACCAUAGUGCUAGAAAGCAGCUGGUUGAAAAUGUUGAGCUGUCCACAGAUCAAGGAAUCAUAGAGGCAUUUGGUUGGAAAAGACCUUUGAGAUCAUUGAGUCCAACCGUACCUGUCCACUAUCAAACCAUAUCUCUGAGUAACUCAUCUGCCCAUCUUUUAGAUACCUCCAGGGCUGGGCACUCCACCACGUGAGAACCCUUUUGGUGAAGGAAUUGUUCCUAACCUGAACCUGCCCUGGCGCAACUUGAGGCCAGAUGGAAGAGGUCUCCACCACCAGCACCUCCUCAGUGCCCUUGAAGGGGGAGCCAGGAGCUUAAUUUUAGGCUCAUUGGCCCAAAUGUUGGGUGAGAUCCAGCCAUCAAGCCAGGACCUGUGCUGUGUG